CUACAGGAGAUGACCAGAGACUACGGACACAGUACACAGAGAUGACCCAGAGACUGCAGGACAGUACAGGGAUGACCAGAGACUGCAGACAGUACAGGGGAUGACCCAGAGACUGCAGACAGUACAGGGGAUGACCAAGAGACUGCAGACAGUACAGGGGAUGACCAAGAGACUGCGGACCUCUGGGGAGGGAGGGGGAGCGGUGUGGGCAGCCGGGUGCCCACUGCGCAUGCGCGAGAAGCACUGAGCU